UGUCGAUAUUGCGUUUCAGUGCCGUUGCUGGGUUUUAAUUCUUGUAAGAUAUCGUCGAUGUUUUGCCAGGAUUGUGGUCAUGUCAGUGUGGUUUUAGUUAGCGUUUCUUAGCUAGCAGCUGUAUGCUAAUAUUAGUCAGCUGGAGCUAAAUGCCGUAACGGAUAAAAGGUGGAAUAACCCAAUAUGCCAGACUAUGUUAUCAGCAAUUGCCAGGGCCCGAAGGAAGCUCGUCCAUAGGGGUAGUAGACGGAUUGCACCAGCUGCUUACGGAUCAGAGCAUAUCGAGGCAGACUAACCACAUCAAACUGGAUGAAACUAGUUCGAGCUGAAUCAAACCAGAUCACGACAGAACAGAGCGACCAGACUGAUCCAGAUCAUAGCCGGCUCGUCCAGCAGGCCUGUUACAGUUUCCUAUUCAGUUGAGGGCUCAAGAGUGGAUGGAAGGAGAUGAUUUUAACACAGCGGCUGUGAUGAACAUCUGUGAUGACCUGAUGGCAGACCAAAGGAUGGACAUCUCGUCUACAAUGACUGACUUCAUGUCCCCCGGGUCCACUGACCUCAUCUCCAGCUCCAUCAGCACGCCCGGCAUGGACUACACCCGCAAGAGGAAGGGCAGCACCACUGAUUACCAAAUUGAUGGCUUCUCAUUUGAUGACAUGGACCCAGACAAAGAUAAACUGGGAAGUGAUCAACAGGGCCGUAUUAAGAAUGCCAGAGAGGCUCAUAGCCAGAUCGAGAAGCGUCGCAGGGACAAGAUGAACAGCUUCAUUGAUGAGCUAGCAUCACUGGUGCCCACCUGUAACGCCAUGUCGCGCAAACUAGACAAGCUGACGGUUCUGCGGAUGGCUGUCCAGCACAUGAAGACCCUCAGAGGUGCAGCCAACCCGUACACAGAGGCCAACUACAAGCCUUCCUUCCUCUCAGAUGAUGAACUGAAGCACUUGAUAUUAAGGGCUGCUGAUGGUUUCCUGUUUGUGGUUGGGUGUGACCGUGGAAAGAUUCUCUUUGUUUCCGAAUCAGUCUACAAGAUUCUCAACUACAGUCAGAAUGACCUGAUAGGUCAGAGCUUGUUUGACUACCUUCACCCUAAGGACAUUGCCAAGGUCAAGGAGCAGCUGUCCUCUUCAGACACAGCCCCACGAGAGAGGCUCAUCGACGCUAAAACUGGUCUUCCAGUGAAGACAGACAUCCCUCCCGGUCCGUCUAGACUCUGUUCUGGAGCCAGACGGUCCUUUUUCUGCAGAAUGAAGUGCAACAGGCCCUCUGUCAAAGUAGAGGAUAAAGACUUUCCCUCCACCUGCUCGAAGAAAAAAGCGGAUCGUAAGAGCUUCUGCACCAUCCACAGCACAGGCUACCUGAAGAGCUGGCCCCCCACCAAGAUGGGUCUCGAUGAGGACAAUGAGCCAGACAACGAGGGCUGCAACCUGAGCUGCCUGGUUGCCAUCGGCCGCCUGCACCCCCACAUCGUCCCCCAACCCAGCCUGGCAGACAUCAGGGUGAAACCCACAGAGUACGUCUCCCGACACGCCAUCGACGGCAAAUUCGUCUUCGUUGACCAGAGAGCCACAGCCAUCCUAGCCUAUCUUCCCCAGGAGCUGCUGGGCACCUCCUUCUAUGAGUAUUUCCACCAGGACGACAUUGGCCACCUGGCAGAGUGCCACAGACAAGUGCUGCAGAUGAGAGAGAAGAUUAACACCAACUGUUACAAAUUCAAGAUCAAAGACGGUUCUUUCAUCAUGCUGAGGAGCCGAUGGUUCAGCUUCAUGAACCCCUGGACCAAGGAGGUGGAGUACAUCGUCUCCACCAACACUGUUGUGUCGUGUCCUAUGAUGGAAGGAUCAGACUACCCUCAGUCUGCUGCCUCACCACAGAGUAUGGACAGUGUUCUCACCUCCGAGGGUGGAGGACGACGCGUGCUGCAGACGGUCCCUGGCAUUCCCGGCGGCACAAGAGCAGGAGCUGGCAAAAUUGGACGCAUGAUUGCAGAGGAAGUGAUGGAGAUCCAGAGGAUUCGAGGCUCCUCCCCCUCCAGCUGUGGCUCCAGCCCUCUGAACAUCACCAGCACCCCUCCACCUGACACCUGCUCCCCAGGGGGCAAGAAGAUUCAGAAUGGAGGGACACCUGAGCUGCCGAGCACAGGGAUAAUUCCUGGACCUGACUCCGUAGGCUACCCAUACUCCAACCAGUCCAUCAUGAGUGACAACUCCCACCUGAGCAUAGACAUCAUGGACGAGCCUGGUUCCAGCAGCCCCAGCAACGACGAGGCGGCCAUGGCGGUCAUUAUGUCCCUGCUGGAGGCGGACGCUGGCCUCGGCGGCCCCGUCGACUUCAGUGACCUGCCCUGGCCUUUGUGAGGGAGCUGGAAGGGAAGAAGAAGAGGGAGAGAGAGGGGGGGGAGAGACUCCCUGUUAGCACCAGAGCCACUGAUGGAGAGAGUUCAGUCAGGUGGAGUUCUGACUGUCAUGUUUCCUGCCCUCAGUGCAAAAAGAUCCAUCUUAGCAUAUUGCAUUUUAAUAGAAAAAGGCUGUGGAUAGCAUAGAUUUUUUCUUAAAGUACUACACAGCCAAAAUAGCUCUCACUGCUCUUCGGAUACCCUGAAUUUCAUUGGGGGUUUUUCUAUAAAAAAUCCUGCUCCAGAUGAUAUAUUAGGAUGAUCCUUUUUGCAGUGUUAGUUACCAACAGAUGAGGCAUUCCCGAUCAUUGUCACAGCGAGAGACCAUUACUCAACAAACAGUCCGAGGUCUCAAGUUACAGGACUGAGUUGCUAACGUGUCUUCUGAUGGACUGAACUCUGUCUAACAGUGGCUCUGGGCCCUGUCAUUGCUGGGUCAACAGCCAACGGCCAAGCAACACACAACUCCUGAGAUGUUCACAGACGGUAGUUGAAGUUUGAUGUGGGGUGAAGCGUUGCUGGGUAGGGACUGCUUGAUUUCCGCUCCCUGCCACGGCCCUUUCAACACCUCUUAACUGUACGUUCAAGUCUCCUUGUAGGAUGUUGAUGCCGUACAAAGACAUCUGUGGUGCAUUCCCCCUGAAAAUGGCUGUUUUACCCAACUGGUUUCCAUCAUGGAAUACAAACACACAACAGUUAUCCUCUGGUGGUUAGCUUGGAAGAUUUCUUAGAGCCUCAUUUGCUCCCAAGCCACAAAAUUACACAAGCAGGUGUAUUUUUUUAGUUUAUUUAAAUAAUGAUUAAAAAUCCAAGCUGCAGUUUCCCUAACUAACAUGAAUGUUAUCUGACUUUUCUACAAGCUACUGUCCUCUUCAGUUAAUUUUAUUUUCCCCAGAAGAGUAGUGCGAAUUCUGCUUUCUUCCUGAGUUUAAAACACACGUCAUCAUUUUAAACACAAACCGAUCUGUCCAAAACUGCCAGCAAUAUUUUUGUGAUAAGUACAAUCCUGAUUCCGAAAAAAAAAAAAAAAAGGUGGGACCCUGUGUAAAACAUAAUAAAAA